GAGUUUAGAAAGUUAAACACAUCUUCUAAAACCUAGUGUUGACUUUUCAGAACCAAAAAGUCAGCAACAUCUGGAAGCUCAAAAGUUGCAGGUCGGACACCAGGAGAUGAAAUCUUAUUUUCAUGCUCAUGCAUAGCUACAGAACACUAGGGGCGCCGCUUUAGAAGGUUUUUUACUACUGCAGGUUUGGUUAGAGCUCUUGAUGCUACAACCAAACACCAUGAUGACUUAAAAGAUUCGAGUGCGCCAUGAAGGCACUAAAGUGUAUAAGGGAAAGUCUGCGACAUGGUGAGGUAUUAGCUGUAGCGCGUGGCGUCUCUGGCGAAACAAUGGCUAAGAGUGUGGAAUUGAAUGGUGAUUCAAGGGUAUGUGAGGAUAAUGAAGAUCUUGAUUGUAAAAUCUCAGAGCCUUGGGAAGGCGGGCCACUUCUUCCUUUUGAUGGGAAUAUGGUUGGCGUGAACCUUUUUUUGACUACGAGCAUAGCCGUUUUCCUACCACGGGGCAUAAUUCUCAAGCAUUACUUGACAUCCUACUCUUCUCCUAAAAGAGCUUAUAAGAUCUUAUCAGUUAACAUAUGUAUACUACAGCUUGACCUUGUUGCACCAGUACAUGGAGAUUUUCUCAACCAGGAACAGUUAGAUCUAGACUCCAUGGGUUACCCUAAGUUACCAUCAACCAUGUUUGGAUCUGGCAUGAUCUUGGUUAAUUCUUUUGAAGACACUUUUGGUGACAUACGUGGUAAAGGUGUCUGGAAAAAAUUCAGCAAAAGAGCUAACAUAAAUCGCAAUGUUGUCGCACUGGCUUCAUUCAAUGGUGAAAAGGUUUUUUUUGCAUGCACAAGUUUUUUUAUUGAAUGGAAUGGAUGUACGAUAAUUUUGACAUCAGCGAGCUUGGUUAGAAAUUCUGGUGAUGAGAACAAGAUUGAUGAAAACUUGAGGAUUGAAGUGUUGCUUAACAACCAAUGCAAAGAAGGGAAGUUACGGCAUUGCAAUCUACAUUACAACGUUGCUCUAGUUAGUGUCAAGGAUUACUGUGCUCUUCGUUCAUCAAAUACUCUGCUUGAUUGGGAGUCAAGUUUUGAAGUAGCGGCUGUAGGGCGUUGCUUCAAAUCAGACGCGUUAAUGGCUACUAGUGGGAAUCUGGUUUCCUGGACAGGCACACUUGACCGUGAGUUCCUCUCACGUUCCACGUGUAAAAUCACUAAGGCUGGGAUUGGAGGCCCUCUUGUUAAUCUUGAUGGGGAUGUUAUUGGCAUGAACUUGUAUGACACGAGAAUAGGAAGAACUCCUUUCCUGUUAUGGGAAGACAUUUGCAAAAUUCUAGCAUCGUUUGAGACAACAAGUGAACCUGGUGAUGUUGGCAAUGCCUCUGGUGCACGUUUCUGGAAAAUGCCUAUGGAUGACAAAAAUAAGUUUAACAGGUUUCCUGUGCCCAUGCCACGCUGGUGCCAUCCUGAAGAGGUUGAAUCUGACGAUGAUGAUGAGUUGAGUUUUGACCCUGAAUCUGGCCAGCUGAAAUACGGUUACACUAGGGGACGGAAAGUCAAGCUCAUGCAGACGCACUCAUGCCCUAGAUUGGUCUCACAAUCCCCAUAUCAUUGCUGGUUUGAGAUGGCAGAAGUAAUCUGUGGCUUGCCCAAGUCUUGUGAUAUGUGCAGCAUUUUAAUCCUGGAAUUGUUUGGUGUCUUCUCGUGAGCGGGGCGAGUGUUUUUCGGACUUUCUGGCCGUCCCCCGUCUGAAACGCUCUAGCCCACCCAUGCAUUCACGCGUACUGAAACUCAAAUCAACUAGGCCUAGGCUACAGCGACGACAACACACCACGCACGCAUA